GAUUUUGAAUGCCUCCACGUGGAACCUUCGGAGCAAGCCUUUUUCCGAACCAACAACCCGUCCACCCACAACAGCCACAACAGCAACAGCACCACGCCAAAAGACAAAAGACCCUCUCACUCUCACUCUCACUGAACCUUCCACUCUACCUUCCAUACUCUAGCUAGCUAUAUCAACAUACGUCCACCACCAUGUCCCGCCGCAACAACAACCAGAAUCAGAAUCAAGUCAAGAAUCGUGCUCCGGCACCGAUUCAGAUUAGUACCGAGCAAAUCCUGCGAGAAGCGGCCGAUCGACAACAAGAUCAUAUUUUAGAGCCCAUUGUCAAGGUUCAUGAUCAAGAAGAAUAUCAAGCCCAUUUGGCGGAUCGUCGCAAACAUUUCGAAGACAAUAUUCGGUAUCGCCGAGAACAUGUGGGUAACUGGGUCAAGUACGCCCGGUUUGAAGAAGACAAUAAAGAAUUGGAACGCGCCCGCAGUAUUUUUGAACGCGCGCUCGAAGUCGAACACCGCAGUGGCGAACUCUGGUUGCGGUAUGCCGAUUUUGAAUUGCGACAAGAAUUUCUCAAUCACGCCCGGAAUGUAUUAGACAGAGCCGUCCAAAUCUUGCCCCGCAUUGACUUUUUGUGGUACAAAUAUGUUUAUGUGGAAGAACUCGUGGGCGACAUUCCCAAAUGCCGGGCGGUCUUUGAACGAUGGAUGAAAUGGAAACCGCACGAUUUGCCCUGGCUAGCAUUUGCGCGAUUUGAAACCAAACAUGGGGCACCCGAUCGGGCCGAACAAGUCAUGCGACAGUACGUCAAUGCAUAUCCCGGUGUCACGUCGUUUUGUCGAUUUGCCAAAUGGGCCGAAUUUGAAGCCACACAGAUCGAAUUGGCGCGGACGGUAUUUGAACGGGCACUGACCGAAUUGGAUCCGGAAGAUAUUCAAGAACAAGGCGCGCGUCUCUUCAAACAGUUUUCCUCGUUUGAAGAACGACAAGGAGAAUACGAACGCGCCCGUGUUAUUUAUCAACAUGCCAUUUCCUUGUUGCACUUGACGCCCACGGGGGAUACCGAUCAAGAUCAAGAAGAAGAUUUAGAAUUGACCAAACAGGAACGACAAAAACGAAAAGAAUUGUAUGAUGCCUACAUUGUCUUUGAAAAGAAACACGGCAAUAAACAGGGAAUCGAAACGGUCAUUACACAAAAACAAAGAGAACAGUACCAGAAACGAUUGGAAGCCAAUCCAUUCGACUAUGAUGGAUGGCUCGAAUGGGCCGCCAUGGAACAGGAAUACGAAAAACAGUGUAGCGAUACUCAAACGACACAACAACGAGAACGGGUCCGAGAAACCUUUGAACGGGCCGUUUCUCAUGUUCCACCGUAUCCCGACGAAAAGGAUCCCUGGAGACGAUACAUUUACGUAUGGAUCUACUACGCCGUAUACGAAGAAUUGACGUGUCAAGAUGGAGAUCGCGCCGCACAAGUCUAUCAAGCCUGUCUAUCCAUGAUUCCUCAUGAUAAAUUCACGUUUGCCAAAAUAUGGAUUCAAGCCGCCAAAGUCCACGUUCGACUCAAACAGGUCGACAAAGCACGCAAAUUGUUGGGACGCGCCAUUGGGACACUCUCGAAACACACGCCACAAAAAACCGCCAAAAUCUUCACCGAGUACAUUGCCCUCGAAUUGGCAUUGGGAGAAGUCGAUCGCUGUCGAUCGCUCUACACACAAUACCUGAAAGUACUCCCGGCACAAUCCUCUGCAUGGACCGAUUAUGCCACCUUGGAACAAAAUGUCGGAGAAACCGAUCGGUGUCGGGCUUUGCUCGAGCUGGCCAUUCAACAAGAGUCACUGGAUAUGCCGGAGCAAGUCUGGAAACAUUACAUUGAUUUUGAAAUUGCCGAACAGGAACAUGCCAAAGCACGUAAUUUGUAUUCGCGACUCCUCGAAAUGACCGGACAUGUCAAGGUGUGGAUCUCGUAUGCACAAUUUGAAGCCAAUACACCGGAUGUUUUGGAAGAAUCCGCUGCAGACGAACCAUUGGCGACGACGGGGUUGGAACGAGCCCGUGCCAUUAUGGAAAAAGCAUACAAUCAACUCAAACAAGAAGGAUUGACGGAAGAACGCGUCCUCUUGUUGGAUUCGUGGAGGGUACUCGAAAAGACACACGGAAGUCCCGCCAGUGUUGCCAAGGUCGAAGAACGACUGCCCCGUCGGAUCAAACGCAAGCGUAUGCGACGCGACGAACAAGGAAACGAGGAAGGAUGGGAAGAGUACUUUGAUUACCAAUUCCCAGAUGACAUUGAUGCCGAUGCGGCCACUGCCAAAUCACAAGCGAGACUCUUGGAGAUGGCGGCGCAAUGGAAAAAGAAGCAAAAGUUGGAGGAGAGUGAUGACGACGAUUCGGACGACGACGAUGAUGAUAGUGAUGAUGAAUGAAUAAAUAAGAUGCUCUUUUUUUU